GUGAAACUGUUGUCAAGAAAAGGCGGCGCCGUCGAAGUAGGACGACGCAACGAGGAACAUGUUUGCUGCCGCCACAGCCAUGAACGACGACGGCAACGCCGGAAACUUAUCAGACAGGGCCAUGAUCCUCUCGCGGGUCUUGGAACGACAAGCUCGGAAACAUACUAUCACAAGGCGCGUGUCUCUCAAUCCUGCGCAACUUGCCACGUUGGUUGGCUCCAGCAACAAAGCGUUGGCCGUGGUGACUCCCGUUUUGACUUCGUGUGUCCCGACCAUGACUCCAUCCGGCGGUACCGCCACGACCUCGUACGUUGCCGUGACACAAGGGGGGUUCUGGGCAACACGGCGACAGCUUUGGCUGCUCUUUCACGAUGCAACAUCGUCGCACCUGGCAAAAUACUUGUCCGUCUUCAUCUUGACCGUCGUCGCGUUGUCGAUCAUGGUCUACAUAAUUCAAAGCCAACCGGAUUUGUCCCCUUCGGUUCGCGACGCGUUGACAGAGGUCGAACACGCUUGCAUUUACGUUUUCUCGUUGGAUUUUGCCGUGCGAUUGCUGUGCACGCCAAACUUGAAAGCGUUUGUCCUCGACGCGUUCAAUUGGGUCGACCUUGUGUCUGUGUCACCGUACUACCUCGAGUUUGUCGUCGACUCGAAAAUGUACUCCUCGGCGUCGUCCUUGAGUGCAAUUCGAACGAUGCGCCUGCUGCGCGUCGCGCGCAUUCUCAAGCUGUCCAAGUACACGUCGUCGCUGCAGAUCUUUGUCAAGUCGCUCAGCCUCAGCGCGACUCCGCUCUUCAUGUUGGUGUUUCUCAUGGCGCUGGCUAUGAUCCUGUUUUCCAGCGCGCUGUACUUUGCCGAAAUGACUGAUUCGUCUUGUCGGAAUCCAAUGUAUUCCAAGACGUGCCACCCGUAUACGAACCCCAUUGACGACUGUUGCGACGUCAACCCGUUCAAGAGCAUUCCUGCCACGUUCUGGUGGGCACUUGUGUCCAUGACAACCGUCGGAUACGGCGACGAAGUGCCCGUGACUCCGCUGGGAAAGUUGAUUGCGUCUGUCGCGAUGUUUGUGGGCAUGUUGAUCUUGUCACUGCCGAUCAGCGUCAUCGGGUCCAAUUUCCAGCGCGUGAUGAAAGAAGUUGCCCAAGAAACGCUAAAAGCCAACAUCGAUGUCGUCACGAACCUCGACGUGAUGCGACGGACAGAAAUGGUCGACGUCCUCCGCGGGUUUGACAUCCUCGGCGACAACGUCGAGAUCGACCCUGACGAACUUAUUGCCCUCUACGAUAUGAAUCAAUCCGGCGCGCUGGAAGCUGAAGAACUCGCCAACUUUCGCCACGACUUGGCCGACCUCGAACGCGUCAUUCGCACCCGCCAGGCCCACUUGGUGUCGCCCGAGCACGCCAAACGAGUCAAGCAGCUGUCAUUUGGAGGAAGCUUUAAAGCCACCGACGCCACCGACGUCCAGCUCCAGCGCAUCGAGCAAAUGAUCGAGACGCGACUCCUGGAAUCCGAAGUCCGCAUGGAAGCCAAGAUUACGCUGCUUUCCAAGGCCCUCUUGCGGCUCCAAGCACAGAUUGAUAUGAUGGGCGACUAAUCUUUCAUCUCUCGCCG